AUGUCGCCCACCCGCCUACCCGUGUUCGCGCUCGUCGCCCUGCUCGCUGCGCUGCUCGUUGCGCACGCCGCCGCCGGCCCCUCCCACCCCGCAGGCCACGCCGCGCUGCGCCUGCGCAGGCAACUCGCCGACGACAACACCCUACAGCCGCUCGAUGACGCGUCGAGCGACGACCAGGCCCGAGAGAAGCGAAAGCUCGAAGGCGUCACGCAGGCCAAGUUCGGUAUCAAGAACGCCGUCCUCGGCUUCGUAUUCGGAAAAAUCAACUCGUUGAUCGACUCAAAGACUAGACUGGUCGAGUCACUAGACCGUCAGAACAUCGAGCUGAAUAAGCAAUAUGGGAUCGAAGCACCCAAAGGAGGAGGGUUGAGCUCGCUCAGCGGCAUCGUGGGACAGGUGAUUGGGCCUAAGCUACAGCUGCUGGGGCCCAAGAUCCAGGCGGUGUCAGGACUGCUGGGUGGCGCGUCCGGCGGCUCGUCCGGCAGCGGCGGCUCAGGUGGGGGCUCCGGCCUGGGCUCCAUCCUCUCGCUCGUGACGUCCUUGUCUGGCUCCUCGUCCGGGGGUGCCGCAGCGGGCGGCACCGUCGAGACCGUUGACUCCUCCGAGGAGGACGACUCU